AUGUCAAAGGAGACGAAGUUACAUAAGAAACCAGCCUUUGAAGAUAGUACAUCAAUUGUUCCAUGUGAUAUCUUAUAUUUCAUCCUUAUUAAUCUACCUGUUAAAUCCUUGUUACGUUUUCGAUCAGUUUCUGCACCAUGGAAUUCUAUAAUCUCUGAGGAAGAAUUCACAAAAGCUCACCGUGAUCAUUCCAAAGCUUUGGGACGUAAAAAACUCUUGUUACAAAGAGCUUUUACCUCCGAAUUCAGGUUUAUGGACUUGGAAAUUAGUCCACAAGUUGCCAUAGAAAGGCAACUCUUUCCUCUAAAGAUAUUCAAUGAUGAUCAUGACGUUUUAUGCUCACAUGAUGGAUUGGUACUAUUGAAGAAACGUAAGUCUAAUAAGACAUUUAUUUUGUGGAAUCCAUCAAUCAGACAACAAAGAACUCUCCUAUGUCCAUAUCUGGAAGCUUACGACGACGACGACGAAAGAAUACUUCCUUAUGGUUGUGGGAUGUGUUAUGAUUCUAGUACUGAUGAUUACAAAAUUAUUUCGAUCUAUAACGAGUUUUAUGUUGUUUGGUCUAUGAGAAAUAGCAAUUGUUGGACGGCUAAAAUAACUCUUCCUAUAGUAAAGCAAAGUCUUUUUAGUUUAAGUGGAACAACUAAUUCAGGGACAUAUUACUAUGGUCAGGGUAUUAGCACAGAGGAUUGUGUAUUUUGGUCUCUAAAUCAAGAACUUGAUCAUCUUGUAUGUAAAGCUUCAACAGUUAUAUAUUUUGAUGUGAAGUCAGACGAACUGAAGGUACUUCCAAAACCAAAAUUUAUAAGUGAAGAUGAUCAAUUGUUUCGUUUGACUACUUUGAAAGGUUGCCUCUGCUUAUAUGGUGGUAAAACCGCGGAUGAACUAAACAUCUGGAUCAUGGAACAAGAUGGAUGGAAAUGGUUAAUGAAACUUUGCGACGUACCAUUAGGGUUUUGCGAGCAUUAUUUUGAAAGAUACAGUGAGCUUUUGUAUUGCAGAGGAAAUGGUGAAAUUGUAUUUAAAGGACCAACGAAAUACCAUUUCUCCAUCUAUAAUCCUAAACAACAACGAUUUGUUACAAAGGUUUGUAUAUCGAACAAUUUCGAGUAUGAGUAUCCUCCUGUCACCUUGUGUUUGGAUAGCCUAUAUUUUCCCAGACUCAGUGUCAUGCACGAGGAGGAGUAA